CAGCGGUAGCGGACCUGAUAGGGUCGGAUCAGAGUUCGUUCGUCUAAUUUGAUUAGGGUUUAUCGACAGCAGCACCGGACUUCGCAUCUCCAUCGACCGCUUCGAGGGCUUCGGUUUAGUCACCAGAACCGGGACUUCACCCUAUCUUCGCCGCCAGCACGCUCGGACUGCUCAGUCUGAAGAUUAGGGUUUUCAUGAAUAUGCAUUCGAAGGACGAUUAGAUGGAGGCUUUGAGCGCGCGAUUUCGUUAGGGUUUGAGUUUCUACUGUUUUGAUUAUUUUUUCCACAAUAUUUCUGAAGAUUUGUGUUUGUGGGGUGGAGUAAUGGCCGCUAAACCCAUAUGGAUGAAGCAAGCCGAAGAGGCCAAGCUCAAGAGUGAGGCGGAGAAGACAGCUGCGGCAAAAGCCGCUUUUGAGGCCACAUUCAAGGAUAUGCAGAAGAAUGAGAAAGACGUUGUGGUGGCUGCGGCAGCAUUAUCUGAUAGUGAAUCAGAGGAAGCAGAAGAGGACCUGGAGAACAGGCCCAUUGGCCCUGUUGACCCUGGCAAGUGCACUGCAGCCGGGGCUGGAAUUGCGGGUGGCACAGCAUGUGCCCCGACAACCUUCACUGUGGUUACAAAAGACGCGGAUGGGAGCAAGGUCCCAAAUGGAGGUGCGCAGAUCAAGGUGAAGGUGUCGCCAGGAGUGGGUGUUGGGGGUUCGGAUCAGGAAGGAAUUGUCAAGGACAUGGGUGAUGGGACUUACACAGUCACAUAUGCUGCUCCAAAACGAGGUAAUUAUAUGGUGAAUAUUGAAUGUAAUGGGAAGCCCAUUAUGGGCAGCCCCUUCCCGGUGUUCUUCAGUGCAGGCACUUCAACCGGAGGAGUAUUGGGUAUGACUCCUUCAUCCAAUUUUCCAAACCUAGUAAAUCAAACCAUGCCCAACCUGCCAAAUUAUUCCGGCUCUGUCUCUGGAGCAUUCCCUGGAUUACUGGGUAUGAUUCCAGGUAUUGUAUCGGGUGCCUCUGGUGGUGUCAUAUUACCUGGUAUCGGAGCUUCGCUUGGGGAAGUUUGUAGGGAGUACCUCAAUGGUCGCUGUGCCAAAACUGAUUGUAAGUUGAACCACCCACCGCACAAUUUGCUAAUGGCUGCAUUAGCGGGAACAACCACCAUGGGGACAAUGAGCCAGGUGCCUAUGGCACCUUCUGCAGCUGCAAUUGCUGCUGCACAGGCUAUUGUUGCUGCCCAAGCCCUUCAAGCCCAUGCUGCUCAAGUGGAAGCUCGUGCUCAAUCAACAAAAGAUUAUUCUGGUUCAGCUGACAAAGCUGGAAAGGCCGAUGCAUUAAAGAAGACUGUGCAAGUUAGCAAUCUUAAUCCAAUUCUCACGGUGGAACAAUUAAAACAACUCUUUAGCUUUUGUGGGACAGUUGUUGAAUGCACCAUUACAGAUUCAAAGCAUUUUGCUUACUUAGAAUACUCGAAACCCGAGGAAGCAACUGCUGCAUUGGCAUUGAACAACAUGGAAGUGGGUGGACGGCCAUUGAAUGUUGAGAUGGCGAAAACCCUUCCUCAAAAGCCUGCUCUUUCGAAUUCUUCACUUGCCGCAUCCUCUCUGCCAAUGGUGAUGCAACAAGCUGUUGCUAUGCAACAAAUGCAGUUUCAGCAGGCUUUACUGAUGCAACAAACAUUGACCGCACAACAUGCAGCUAACCGAGCUGCAACGAUGAAAUCUGCAACAGAAUUAGCUGCAGCCAGAGCUGCAGAAAUAAGUAAAAAAUUAAAAGCUGAUGGAUUUGGAACUGAAGAGAAGGAAAUAAGAGAAAAAUCUAGGUCUCCUUCCACUUCCCUUGCAAAGUCUAAAUCUAGGUCUAGAUCACCAAUCAAGUAUCGGCGGAAAUCUCGUGCAAGGUCUAGAUCCUUGUCAAGAUCACCCAUCCCUUAUCACCGGAGGCGUCGAAGGUCUCAAUCUUACUCACCUCCAUCCCACCGUCCUAGGUUCCACAGAUCCAGGUCUCCACAUAGAUCUCGCCAUCAUUCACGGUAUGAUGAUGAUAGGAGAUCAUAUAGAGAUAGGGACGCCCGUGUUAGAGCUGGAAGAAGAGAUACGGAUAAAUCAUGUGAACGACUCUCAUCUCUUUCAAGAAGCAGCAGAAGGAGUGUAAGCCCUCAAAGAAGAAGGACCAAUAAAGAUGAUGCAGACUCACCUAGACAUGUUCAAGAAAGUUCUCCGCAUAGAGGAAAGAAAUUAUCGCUUGGUAGUUCAGGAUCUCCUAGGCAUCACCGAAGAAGCAAGUUGUCCCCAAGAAAUGAUAUUGAAAGUUCCCCAAAAUCAGGAUAACACUCUGUUGAAAGAUUCUAAAGGGCUGGAAGAUAAAAUUUGUGUUGAAAAAACAGAGCAUUGUGACAGAAUGCAUUCAAGGUUAUUGUCUGUGGAAGAUAAUCAUCGUCAAAGAAGAUCGCUUUAAAAAAUUCAAGUGAAAGAAAUCUUCUUUUGUCCAAUUGUUUCUCACCUUUCUUAACAUAAUAUGUUGUUGACUUGUUUUUGGGUGUUGAUCUCCAAAGCUCGACACUUGCAACUUUUUAUGGUUUUGUCACUUCAAAGGUCCCUUAGUUGUUUGCUUUUUUUACAGUUUUUUCUUGUUAUUGUUUUUUGUUAAUUCUAGUUUCUCUCUGUAGUUCUCUUCCUUCUGCUUUAGAUCCCUACAAAUGUAGGGAACGUGCUCACUCCUCUUGGUAACCUAUCAAUUCCUCUCAAUUCUCUAUAUCCCAAACACUCUUAUCUGUGUAGUCUUUGAUCAAUUCUUAUCAUUCUUCAUGCAUUUAAGUCAUGGGUUUUAUGGUUACUAUUCAGUCUAUUUUGAAUGUUUGUUUCUGUUGUAUCUUGUGGCUGUAACAGUCUCUGAGCUUCAAAAGAAUGGCAACCAUGAACUAUUUGUCCUCCUCAAUUGCGAUGUUGAUGACAACGGGGACCUUACUCAACUUAACAUGGUGGCUCAGAAGGUGGAGAAGAUCAAGUAGCCAGCACCUGCUGCUCAGGUUCAGCCUGCUAAGUCAGCCAGGCUGCCCACCAAUCUGCCCCCUCCAUCUCAAACUAGUGAGAUUUGAUAUAUUUUCACUGUUUUUAGUUGAUUUGUCCGUGUAUGGAUUUGCUGAUACUAAUUUCCAUUUCAAAUUUCGAUGCGCGUUACUUGUCUUUUGUAUCCGGUAAUUUUUUUAGAGUUUUGGCCACUUACAAAUUAUAAUCAUGUGAAAAAUUGGUGUUCGUAUUAUUAUUGAUUUCGAAUGCUCAUGAAACAGAGUUCGAAAACGACUAGUAAUUUAGUCACUUCAGGGGUUUUAGGAGUCAAUCCUGAUGCUUCUGUGUAAAAACAACUUGGUUUCACUUGACUUUUUGUGGUAUGCUUUUUUUUAAUUAUUAUUUUCCUUUUCAGUUGUUUGAGCUUGGCAUGUAUACGAGAAUCCUUCAUUCCUGUUCCAUUUAAUUGAGUCAAUUGUGUUACUAUCGUUUUCUAGGACUUUACUUGUUAUUCUUUGUAUUUAUUCUAGUAUUUAUUGGUGACUUUACAAUGUUCCAAAUUCCAGUAGUGACAACCGCAUUAGAAACCUGAAAUCCUACUUGCCGAUAGGAAUUUCUGCUUUCCUGCUGCAUUUUCCCAUAUAUAAAUGAUGGUUACUUGGAUUAAGCUCCCAUUAGUCUCUGCUAUGCUGCAGGCUUUGUUAGUUUUCUGGAGGAUAUCCUCCACAUCUCAUGCCUAAUUACUACAGUUACUUUACUUUGUCUUAAGGCAUACCAUUUUUGGCAUUUUAAUAUGUGAUGCAUCUGCAAAGAAGAAUCACCCUUGAGAUUACGUAUUCCUUUUUUUUUGGGCACUUUUCAGAGUUAGCAAUACUGAUGUUUGUGUUCCAUCUGCUUCUUCCAAGGGCAGGGGCAAGCAGAAUCUGUCCAAAAAUUGGCACCUAUCCCCUUAUACCAUCUUGUUGUAUUUCCUAAAAACAUCAUCCUUGAAGUUGUUCUUCUGAAUGAUAUUGUAUUUUCAGAACUUGAAAUGCAGAUGCCUUUGUCAUUUUCUUUCCAGAAGAAGAGCGUGCACCCUGGCAGAAUAUCUGAAUUGGACUAUCAGGUUUGUGAACUUCAGGAGGAGCUUAAGAAGCUGAUAGGUCAAAUAAAUUUGUCUGAAUCGUGGAAGAGGCUAAGACCCCAAUUAGGUCACAAAGGCCCAAAAAAUUAAAUAGGGGCUGUUUUAUAAUGCUGUUUGAAAGAUGCGAUUGAAGUUGAUUGGUAGUUGUAUUAUGACGUUUAUUUUUAGUUUUAGACGCUUUUGGAUGUGUUGAUUGAUAAGAUGCCUUAUAUAAUAAUGGGAAGCUUUUUUAUGGAUGAA